ACCACGCCGGGAUCUCGUUAGUCGACCGAACAAAACUCCACCGGGGUUUCGCAAGUCCUCCUCUCUCCCCCAUCUUCUCCGUCAAUUCCAAACCAACGUCUGAUUCAUUCCGACAUCCAGAAACUAGUCAGGUUGUUCAUAUGACAGAGAAAUAUUGACAGACGACGGCCAGACGGCUACGGUUUUCGGGUACGACACAUUUUUCUUCAUCGUGUUAUGGUCGAGUUGUUUCACUCGUAUGAAUAUUUGUUGUACGGCCGUAAAGGGAAAGAUAAUUGUUAACGGUGGCGUUUGUGGCGAGGUACCAUCACGCUCCAUCGGGCCACUAUCCCCAGGAGUUGUCUCCAGGUAUAUUUGACAGGAUGGAGCGAACUCUAGCCCAUGUUCCUUCCAUGGAGCUAUCCACAGAAGCUCUGCUUGUCACCGGUGGAUUGGAUAAUACGAACAAGAUGAUCACAUCAUCAGCAGUCAGGAAUGAUGACGGUACAAUGAUCAGUCAACACAGUGAGAAGGUUUCCUACGGAACCAGCGGGGCACCGGAUGGUUCCACGCCGCCAGUGUCGGCAGGCGGCGACGGCAGGGAAGGCAACGGCAUCGGCAUCGGCGGCGGUGGUGGUGGCGGUGGAGGUGGCAUGGUCGGAGACGGGACCGGCCAUUCCGUUGGGUCUUCGGGCAGCGGAAACGAUGACGAUAAACCGGCCAAGCAGAAACGCCACCGUACUCGAUUCACACCGGCCCAACUGAACGAACUGGAGAGAAACUUUGCCAAGACACACUAUCCUGAUAUCUUCAUGCGGGAGGAGAUUGCGAUGCGGGUCGGACUUACUGAAUCUCGAGUUCAGGUAAAUAGUAUUCAGGUCUGGUUUCAGAACCGCAGAGCCAAGUGGAAGAAGCGCAAGAAGACCACGAACGUGUUCCGUACCCCAGGGGCUCUCCUACCAUCUCAUCACGGACUCGCCCAGUUUCCCUCACCGAUGAACGACUCCUUUUGCAAUUUCCACGGCCAGGACACACGGGGCUGGCCGGCGAUGUCGGGUAUGACCACGCACAUGGCACCGCAUAUGACCACGCAUAUGCCCUCGCAUCAAAUGUCCCAGAUGGGUGGAGGACCAGGGACGUCGCUGGCUCUGCCCCCGUCCUUACCGCGCCAAGGUUUAGGACAGAGCAUGCAGCAGCAGAGCGUCAACUGUUCCAUGGGUCAGACCACUGGUCUCAACACGCUCUCGAUGGGGGCCAACGGGUCCAUGGGGUCGAUGACGUCGAUGUAUCAACCUUCGCUGCAAGGAAUGACCACGGGAAGCAUGUCCAGCGGCUUGUCCAGUCCGUCCCCGCCCAAUCUCCCCGUGACCGACGGCUCGACCGAUCUCUCAUGCAGUGUUUCUGACGCUGGUGAUAUGUGGAGGGGUACAAGCAUAGCAUCGUUACGUAGGAAAGCUCUCGAGCACGCCGCCUCCCUCAACGGAAUCUUCAGAUGAUUUUCUUACCGCGAAAAAAAUACAAAUUUAAUUUCAUCCGUCACAUGCGUUUCAACGUAUGCUUUGGCAAAAAGAGGCUGUACAAAUUUCUUAUCGUUAUUUAUUACAUUCUGCAGUGACUAUGUAUGAUAUCAGAUUAGAAAGAAAUAGAAUGUCGUCCAAUUCACCCUUCAGCUGAGAAAGGACUCAAAAGAAAUGCAUUUCUGCUGAAUUGGUGCGACAUUGAUUGUGUGAAUUAUGUUACAUGGCUCAUUUCUGCUUAGCAUUGACAGGUAAAAAUGAAUUAGAAUAAUCUAACAUUCUCAUAAACAUCUUCGGUUUAGGUUUAAAACAGAUUCGUCUCUAGAAUACAACUCUUUGAACACACUUUUUAAAAAUAUAACGUUUUAUUUGAAACAUUUUCCCUCUUCUUAGAGUACAUUUGGACAGGGUAUGAGCGUAUUCAGAAAGGAAGGGUAAUUUCGAAAUAUAAGUAUCCUUCCUGACUGUAUAAAUAUUUAUACCACUCUUCACAAGAAAAUGAUAUUAUUGCUUAUCAUACCCAUUACACAUGAGUAUCACAUGAUGGGACAGAGUCCAUAUUCACUUUAUGUUUCUCCUCCCGUUGCCACUCAGGCAAUUUACUCCUCUUAGGUGAGGGGAUAAAUCAAGCUAAAAUAUUGUUAUUGUCAGAUUGCUUAAUAUGGCGGGAAUCGCAUGAAACAUGGAGCAUUCAAGGAGCCCAAGGGGACGAUUUUAUUCACAGGCGCAUUCACAAAAUGUGCUGAAAGAACUUCCCUCACACAAAAAAGGCGGUAAAAAUGGGGCAUAAAUUCUCGCCGCAAAAACCUCGUAAAUUAUGUUGCCGCUUAAUGGGUGAGCUUGUUUUCAUGUCAUGGCCAUAUUUCAUCACUCGGUAGAAUCACAGAGAUAUGGAUGCCAGCUCGUAACACUGGUAUACUCAUCCAGAUCGGUGUGUGAUAUACAUUAUGUGGGUGUGUCAUGUUUGUGUUACGAACAAAAAUAGAGACGCGGUGAAAAAACACGGUCUGACACUGCUCAAUACCUACUCCUUCUACACAAUCAUUGCUCAAAGUUUUGAUGUCGGUUCCAAACUGUUAUGACAAUAUCUAAAUUUGGCAGCAUAUGGAUUAUCUUACUUAAUACAAAGAGAAAACAAAAUAUAAACAACUGGAAUUCAGAACAAAAUACUACAUUCGAUGCGCCCUUUGUCAUUCAUUACUGCAAAUUUGUCUAUUUAAUCACUAUGUAAAAUAUAUAGAAUUGUUCCUAAAAGGGAUAUGGUGGUCAGGUUUAUUUUACCAGCCGCUACGCUGAAUCAUAUCCUUCGCUUGGGAUGGUUUCCGUCUCCCGUAGUAAAGGGGUAUAAUACUGAGAGUAAACAAUCAUCACAUUCACAAUGCGUCCAUGUAAAUUAUUAAGUAGAAUACAAUUAUGUCUGAGGCUCAAUAAUCGUCACAAACUUCAAAAAGUGUGGUUGUUAUUUAAAAGAAAUGAUGCGAUAAAAUAAUGAUCUUCGUAUCAGUAUGAGAGAAGAAUAACUACAGUCAAGAGAUCAAAAUAAAUAUAUAAUGAUGCUAU